CGUCGCACAUUUCGCUACCGUGACUUGCGGAUGAACUUUCGCGAGAGUUUUGUCGUUUUGUAUCGCCAAUAUGGCCGCUGCUGCAGUAGUUGAGAGGUCUCGGGUCAUGUUAAAUUUAGACAAACAGAAAGAGCCGCCCCUUUUGAAGAACCCAGCGGCUUUGGAGGAAUCGAUCGACAACGAAGAUGACAUCCAGACAAAGGUUCAAAACAUACUGGAGGUGGGACAGCAGCUUAGCAAAGAGGGCAAGGCGAAAGAGCUGGGCAGCCUGAUCAAGUCGACACGUCCCUUCCUGAACCUGAUCAGCAAAGCCAAGGCGGCCAAGCUGGUGCGGGCCCUGGUGGACAUGUUCCUCGACAUGGAGGCCGCCACAGGGAUGGAGGUGGAGCUCUGCAAGGAGUGCAUCGACUGGGCCCAGCAGGAGAAGCGGACGUUUCUACGGCAAUCCCUGGAGGCGAGGCUCAUCGCUCUGAACUACGACACCGGUCGCUAUACGGAAGCACUUGCUCUCGGGAGCACCCUGCUGAAGGAGCUGAAGAAGCUGGAUGACAAGAACCUGCUGGUGGAGGUGCAGCUGCUGGAGAGCAAGACGUACCACGCCCUGAGCAACCUGCCCAAGGCCCGAGCGGCCCUGACCUCGGCCCGCACCACAGCCAAUGCCAUCUACUGCCCGCCCAAGCUGCAGGCGGCCCUGGACCUCCAGAGCGGGGUGCUGCAUGCCGCCGACGAGCGCGACUUUAAGACCGCCUUUUCCUACUUCUACGAGGCCUUCGAGUGCUACGACUCUAUAGACCACCCCAAGGCCCUGAUUGCCCUCAAGUACAUGCUCCUGUCAAAGAUCAUGCUCAACCUGCCGGAGGAGGUGCAGUCCCUGGUGGUGGGCAAGCUGGCGCUGCGCCAUGCGGGACCUCAGCUGGAGGCCAUGAAGAGCGUGGCCAGGGCAAGCCACAGGCGGUCUCUUGCCGACUUUGAGCAGGCCCUGAAGGAAUACCACAAGGAGCUUGUGGAAGACCCAAUCAUCCAGGCCCACCUGGACACCCUGUACGACACCAUGUUGGAGCAAAACCUGUGCCGCAUCGUGGAGCCUUACUCCAGGGUCCAGGUGGAUCACAUUGCCAGCACCAUCAAGCUGCCCAUGGAAAAAGUGGAGAAGAAGCUUUCUCAAAUGAUUCUGGAUAAAAAAUUCAAUGGAAUCCUGGACCAAGGUUCGGGCGUGCUGGUGAUCUUCGAGAAGACUAGCGUGGACAAGACCUUCGAGGCCGCCCUGGAGACCAUUCAGAGCAUGGGCAGGGUGGUGGACUCGCUGUACCACAAGGCCAAAAAACUCUCCUAGGGCAUGCCCCCGUUUUGACGUGCGCUGCCAGUUUCCCCCUCUCUCUCUGCGAGGCCCCCUCCCGUGUACAUAACUCCUCCCGAGAAACCACUGACACCCUGUUUCUGAAAGAAUGAAGAGAAUAAAUUCUGCUGCUUGGAGAAAACGCCAA